UUUGGUUUUUAAAGCGAUACAUUGUACGCUUUUAGUACAGUCGAUGUUUAAAAGCUUUAAUGGAAGUAAAUCCAUUCAAAAUUAAACAAAUAUCCAGGCUGAGUGGUUAGUAACUAUUUUUGUUUUUUAUUGUUUAAAAAAACCAGUUAUCAACACCUUAGCAACCACUUGGAAUUACCACCGAUAUGAUAGCAAUCACCUAGCAUCAGUUUAGCAAAACCUAAGCAAGCACCUGGAAUUCCGUGGCAACGACUUAACAACACCUUAACAACCACUUGGUAAACCAUUGCAACACCAUGGCACCCACUUAGCAAUGACCUAGGACUCCAUAGCAACCAUGUAUCAAGGACUUUGUACGCUGCUCUAUUAGCCAUAGUUUAGACAAAUGUUUUGGACUUUAGAUUUUAGCCAAAAGUUUUUGUACUUUAGCUUUGAGUCAAAGGUUUUUGGAGACUUCUGUUUCAUACUAAAUUUUUAGCAUUCCAAUAUUUUAGCCAAAAUGUUUUGGACUUUAGCAUUGAUCCAAAGUACCAGAUGUUUUUGUACUUUAGCUUUUAGCCAAAUCUUUUUGGACUUUAGAAUUUAACCAAAUGUUUUGUACAUUUUUCACAUACCGCCAUACUGCUAGAGGUGCUGCAGAGCGCUGUGUAGAACAGCACCCCCAAAGAAGCAGAUCGUCGUUGUCCUAUGAAAAACACAUAUCUCCUUUUUGUUGAUUUUUAUUUUACUACACAAUUCGAACAGACAAACGGUCCAUUACACUGUGCCAAAAUUUCUUAAUGAACAGACCAAUAGAAACUCUUCAAAAUGACGGGAAAUAAACUCUUUUUACAUUGACUUUCAUUGAAAGUUUACAAAGUCUUUGUAAGCUCCUGCUGCUGUUACUCACUUUAAGAGUGUUUUUAUCUAAAUAAAUUAGAAAAACAAAAGCAAACAGCUAUUUUUCACUCAGAAGGAAUUGAAGAGAUAAAUGGAAAUACGCAAUUGAUGCACAGCUCUGAGAAAAGUUCCUCUUGUCCCCCAGACGAACCCAGAAUCAGUACUGUAUAAAGAAUCAUUUAUUGAGGACAAGAGAUAAAACUCCCUAAAACUUGAGGUGCAGAAAGGCUUUAAGAGCAUGAGGAACCGGUAUGUUUAUGCUGUGAGUGACUGAUGGGCCAAGAUGCAACUGCUGCUUCACACAGGUCAUGGAAAAGUUACUGAACUCCACAGGUUGCACAGCAUCUGUGUUCCCACUGAACUGUUCAGGAACCAAGCAGAACAACACCGUCUCCAGCAGUGAGAUCAGAGCGGCGGGGUUCGUGUUGGUGCACGCAGGGGCGGGGUAUCAUUCUGAAUCCAAAGCCAAGGAAUAUAAGCAUGUGUGCAAAAGAGCUUGCCUGAAGGCGGUGGACAGACUGAGAGCGGGAGCCAUGGCGCUGGAAGCAGUGACUGCAGCUCUCACAGAGCUAGAGGAUUCACCGUUCACCAACGCUGGUACCGGCUCUAACCUGAACCUGUCGGGGGGUGUGGAGUGUGACGCGAGUAUAAUGGACGGGAAAUCAUUAGACUAUGGAGCGGUGGGCGCUUUAAGUGGAAUCAGGAAUCCGGUGUUGGUGGCUAGAAGAUUACUGAGUGAAGCACAAAAAGGGAAGCUUUCUGCUGGCAGGAUCCCUCCCUGCUUUUUAGUGGGAAUAGGAGCUCAGCAAUGGGCUCUCAGUCAUGGAAUACCUCCAUGUCCUUCAGAGAAGAUGGCCACCAAAUUUAGUCUGGCUGCUUACAGGAGGAACAAGAGGAAGAUGGAGCUGGCAGAGAAAACAGAACAUACAGUUCUAAAGAAGCAGCGAACCUCCAGUAGAACUGUGGGUGAGUUUAAGCAGUCAUUCUCGUCCUCUCUGGAUACGGUGGGCGCGGUGGUCGUGGAUCAGGAUGGGAACGUGGCGGCUGCCGUCUCUAGUGGAGGUUUAGCUAUGAAACAUCCCGGCCGAGUCGGCCAGGCGGCUCAUUACGGCUGCGGCUGCUGGGCUGAAAACGCACACGACUCCAAGCCUUACGCUACAGCUGUGAGUACCUCAGGUUGUGGGGAGCACCUCAUUCGCACCAUGUUAGCCAGAGAAUGUUCCUCAGCUGUGCAGACUGAAGAUGCACAUCAAGCCCUGCUGGAGGCAAUGCAAAACAAGUUCAUAGGUUCACCGUUCCUGGUCAAUGAGGAUGGUGUUCUAGGUGGAGUAAUUGUUCUGAAAUGCUGCAAACAUGGAGAUGAGCAGAGUACUGACGAUUUUCAGGAUCUACUGGUAGAGUUCCUUUGGAGCCAUACUACCGAGAGUAUGUGUGUUGGGUAUAUGUCUGCCCACGACAGCAAAGCCAAGACUCAUAUAUCCAGACUGCCCCCUGGUGCUGUGGCGGGACAAUCACUGGCGAUUGAAGGUGGAGUGUGUCGGCUAGGAGUCGCGAAUGAAUGAAUAAAUGAGUGAAUAAAUGAAUGAAUGCACAUGAAUUCUUGUUUUUCAGCAGCAAUAUGCUAAUAGUAAAUACAUUAUAAGCAGUGUCUAAGACAUGAGGUUUUUAUGUUGAUGGUUCUUUUUUUAAUUUUCUGUAUUAUAUACGUUUAUCCUUUGAAACUAUUAAAAGCUUAAAGCCAUUUUUCAUUAAAACCUUAAACCAUUAAAGAAUGGUUAAGUUAAGUAAAGCUAGGCUAAACAAACAAAACUGUAAUAAAUAAAAAUACUAUUUGUAAACGAGUGCUGGAUGUUAAUCUACACAGAUUUCUCUCCUGAAAACUGUUUAUUUGGGUGAGUAAAGUGCUUCUGUUUAUUUACAGUAACCUUAGAUUACCGAAUUUCUCCAGCACUGAGGCUAGAACAUUAGCAUUAGCGGCUAACCUCUAGUGGUUAGUGGGUAAUGCUAAUGCUGCUCCGGCAGUGCUAGCUGGGCUUACUUCUCCUUAAUACCUGACUGAUAGAAUUCAUACAAAGGAAGCACCAGAAAAGUGUAGAUUUUAUUUAUUAGGCAUUUCAUUUAGCCUUGUUUUAAAUUUUCAUUUAUCUAAACAAGAAUUGCACUGAAUUUGUUUAAUUGUUUUUUUUUCAAUUUUUCUGGGAACGCCGUAAACAAAUCACUAUAUGAAGCAGUAGAGAAUUUCAGAAUAUCUCAGUUUCUGUUAAAGGCCAUGUUUCUCCAUCUCUGUUGCAAUGGCUAUCAGUAGUAUCAGUACUAGUAUCACUAGUACUGUAGUAGUUUACUACUACAGUAGUAGUGAAGUAGUAAAAAAAAAUAUUCAAGUACAUUGAAUAUACUUUAAAUAUAGUUUUUGUACAGAGAAAAUGCUAAAACUUUAAACUUUAAUUCAUUAUUAUUAAAAAUGAUUAUUAAGUAAAAUAUUAAUUAAUUACACUCGAGUAAAAGCGUUUUCCUGCGCAGAUAAUAAAUGGAUCGAUCGGUCGGGUAGUGAUUAAUCUGUCUAGAUUGAGAAGAAAUCAGGCCGCUAUGUGCUAUAAAUACUAGCUUGCUGUAGAUCUGUUAAUUAUAUUAAUUACACUAUAUUCCAAGGGCUAAGGGCAAAAUAUUUUUGGGCUGCAGCAGAUGUUUAAUUCUAUGUUGUAUGAUUUUAUAUGGACUAUAAAAUGUACACUUAUCAGAGUCAUGUCUCUAAUGUUUUAAUCUGAUUAAAGUGAGAAUUCAGUGAA